UAAAAGUUCACACUCUUCAUAACUUAACCCACAUGGAGCUUGUAUUUGCGUCAAAUUGGCAGACGAAAUGGAAGUGGCUGGUAGAAGUGCUCGAACAUUGUCCUAAGCUUCAAAAUCUUACUCUUGAUCAGCUUUAUGGAUAUGGAACUGGCGAGGACAAUUGGAAGAAACCAAAAAUUGUUCCAGAAUGCAUUUACUCUCAACUUAGAACAUGUUCACUUACAUCUUAUAAAGGCAAUGAGCUUCAAUUCGCAAAGUAUAUUAUUAAGAAUGCAAAAGUAAUGCGCACCAUGACAAUAAUUGCCUCGCCGGUGGAUAUGAAUAUAAAGCACCAAAUGAUAAUGAAAUUAUCUUCAUGUCCAAAGGGCUCUGCUACGUGCAAAUUUUCAUUUUAUUGAUAAAGGUUAGGUCAUGUCUACAGUAGCUACAUUAGAUUCUAAAUGUAUGCAGUAGUAGCAUGGGAUGGUUUGUAAUACGUGAACUCUGUUUUAUUAGGUACUCUAUGCCAUAUAUUUUGAUUAUAGCUCCUCCGAA